AUGGCAGAUUUUAUUUCCAACCACACAUCCCAAAGGCACGCAGUUCUUGAAUGGCCAUUGAUUAAAUGUGGCGAGGAAACGUUCCAUCCUUUAUAUUUCAUGUCUGUCGAAGGAACUAAAAGUAUCUCAACGCCUUGGUCAGUAUCUCAUUUUCGUAAGGAUGAAGCUCACCUAUUUGUCGAUAAAGAAAUAACUUUAACCAACGAAGGAGAACUGCUGAUUUUUCUGGAAACAAACUCCAAAAACUUGACAGCGAAACAGGAAAGCUUCAACCGUGGUGUAAAGAAAGUUGUGAGAUUGAUGAUUCGAAAGUUAAAUACAAAAGCCAUUUUGGAAUCACAUGUUAACAGUUUUUUCAAAAAAUGGUACAGUCCAACAAUCUACAUUAAAUUUCCUCGACAACAAAACGCGCAAAAUGCGUUUAUAGCCGUAACACAAGAUGAAAGAAUUGUCAUUGCAUUUAUUGACGGUGAGCUACGCAAUGUCUACUUAUGUGGAUGUUACAAAAAUGGGGAAGUCUUUCUGAAGCCUCGCUGGAUGAGAGGUUAUUAUUACCCAAUUAUUGAUGAUGUGAAAUGUUUGUCUAUCUCUGAUGAUGACACCAUAACGACGAUAACUUAUCAAAACGAACGUUUUCCCAAAUUUUAUAGACUCCUCAUCUACAACAUGAAAGGAAAUUUUUUAAAAGACUGGAUAUUUAAUCCAAUCCAUGAAGAAAUUACAGAAUAUGAUCAAAUUAUGUAUACCCCAAUCUCCAAGUGCAUUACAGGUUACUACUUUAAAGAUGAUGCUUCAAAGUUAGCCAUUGAGACUUUUUCAGCUGUCACUGAAAAACAUCAGUCUACCGUUGUCCUUAUGAACAUGGGAUAUGAUGCAGACAUGUUUAAUGGUUCUGUUCGUCUGGUUUACCAUGAUAACGGAGGAGUGGCUUUAGUUACUAACGAACGUAAAGUUCAAUUGGAACCCAAACAUCAUCCUUGGGGCAUACUGUCUGAUAAAUCAUCAAUGCAUUAUGAAAAGUUGAAAAAGAUGGAGGAACAUCGUAAGAAACAUUCAACAAAGGUUAAAUAUAUUAAUGAUGUAUUUGUAAUCUUCUCCGAAGAGUUUUUACUUGGCAAAGGAAGUGAUGGAACCCGUGUUUAUCUUGGUCUGGGAAAAGACGGUUAUGGAAAAGCAGUAAAACGACUUUAUCGAGAUAGCUUCACUGAACAAGCCAAGCAAGAAAAAGAUGUUUUGAACGACUUUAAUGCAAAGAGUUCAAAAUAUGUUGUGAAUUAUUGUUAUCUGGAAGAAGAACCAGGGGAUGAAUUUGUAUAUUUGGUGUUAGAUUUAUGUGAAGAAUCGUUGGAAAGUUUUGUGAAAUCUUCUACCUUAGAUGAGCUUCAAAUAGAGCUUCCCAAAGUCCUGAGGCACAUCUUAAAAGGUUUAGCAGAUCUUCACAGUGGCCCACGUCCUAUACUUCAUCGGGAUUUAAGACCCUCAAACGUUCUUCGAGAUGUACAAGGAAAUUUUUUAAUCGCUGACUUCGGUAUAAGUCGAAGAUUAUUAAAUGAAACUUUGACAUAUGAGAGCAUACAGAGAGGAGCUAAAAAUUGGAUAGCUCCAGAAUCAUAUGAUGAAGUGAAUGCAUCAAUUAACUCAGCCCGCUAUAAGAAACAGUCUGAUGUUAUGAACGCAGGAAUGGUGGCUUAUUAUGUUGCAACAAAGGGGGAACAUCCUUUUGGACAUGAACGGCAUUUACUGGACAACCUUUUGAAUGGAAAACCUGUUGGCUUGGAUAAAAUCAAGGAUUCCACGCUCAAAGAUCUUCUUUCGUGGAUGUUAAAGCGACAACCUGAAGACAGACCAUUAGCCAACGAAGCGUUGAAACACCCAUAUUUUUCGUCGGAUUACGAGUAGUUCGAAAUGUUGUGUAAAGUUGGAAACCAACAACCAAUAAAGACAAGUGAUGCCCUUUCAAGUGUCGUUCAACAAUUGAAUAGCGAAUCCUCAGAUUGGAAAAGUCAAAUGGAUACUGAUGUCUAUGAUUAUUUUUGCACUUACGAGAAAAAUGGAAAAUCUACAAGGUCCAUUAUAAAUCUUCAUGGACAGAAUGCUUAAGACUUAUUAGAAAUGUUGGCCAGCAUUGGUGUGAUCGACCACGGCCAAGACCACAACCAGAAACAUUUUAUAAAAUUGGUGAUCCAAAGGAAUACUUUCUCAAAACAUUCCCUGAUCUUCUUAUUCGAGUGCACACGGCUGUAAGGUCAAAUGAUGAAUGGAAAAACAAACCAGAACUCAAGUUCCUUUUAAUUUUCAAUCAAGUUGACACGAAUCAAUGAAUAUUUCACAAACAUUUCAUUGCGAAUUAUUUUGUGUUUUUCCUUUUGCAGUGCAUAUGAGAGGAAAAUUGUGUUAUUUAGAUUAUAUUUUCACUGAACAUAACGUUGAAAAGGACAAUGUAAUUGAACUUGCUUGAUUCCUUAAAUAAAUUGCUUUUAAAAAUA